AGCAACUACUCUUGGUCACUGGCAACUGCUCUGUUUCUGCCCCGCUCAUUAGAAGACAAAGGUGUUUGGACUUACUGCUGACAACGCAUUCUUGGAGUUGAAUAUUCAGAGAUGGGUUUUGGGGAGGACCUGUGGUGCCCCCAGGCACAUGCAGCCGUCAUGCGGCUGCUGGACUCAGAGCUUCACCUGAUGGAGGUCAUGAAGAAGUGGAUGGGUCAACGGGCUAAGAGUGAGCGGGAGUUUUCGGUUCAGCUGCAUCACAUGGCUGUCAUAGUGGAGAAGCUGGAGCGGCCUCAGCUCGGCGCAGGGCUCGACUACAUCAGCCAGCUCAACAAGUCGUGGGCUGUGCUGGUCUCUCAGACGGACUCGCUCAGUCAGGUGAUGAAGAAGCGCUCUGAGGAUCUGCUGGAUGGUCCCAUCAGCAAGCUGACGCUGCUCAUCAGAGACAAGCAGCAGCUGCGCAAAACCUAUGCGGAGCAGUGGAACAUGAUGAAGCAGGAGCUCUGCAAGGUGACCCAGACAGAGCUGGAGAGGCUGAAGAGCAGCUACAGGCAGGCCGUCAGAGAUGCAGCUCAGGCUAAGAGGAAGUACCAGGAGGCCAUUAAAGAUAAAGAGCGAGACAAGGCCAAAGAGCGCUACAUAAAGGCUUCACUGAAACUCCACGAGCUGCACAAUGAGUACGUCCUGUCUGUGCGAGCAGCUCAAGUUUACCAUCAGCACCACUACAGUCAGAUCCAGCCCGCCCUGCUCACUGCCCUGCAGACGCUGCAGCAGGAGAUGGUGCUCAUACUAAAGGAGAUCCUGCAGGAGUAUUUCGACAUCUCAACUCUUCUCCACCAUGAAGUGGUGCGGAUCCACAGGGAGAUGUCGUCUUCUCUAACGGCCAUCGAUCCUCACAGAGAGUAUGAGAACUUCAUCCAGCAGAACAGGUCUGUGGGGGAGAUUCCUGCUUGUGCAGAGUUUGAUUGCAGUCUUCUGGAGGACACCGAGCAGCUAAAACCCAGAGAGAUUGAACUGAAUGACCUCACGCUCGAGACAAUCCAGCACAAACUGACUGCGGUAGAGGAGGAGCUGCUGGAUUUGGCUCGGACUCUGGGCUCCCAGCAGACCUCGGUGGAACAGCUGGAGCUGGAGCUGGAGGCAGAACAGGAAGGUGUCAAGAAGGGCCAGAGGGUCUACCAGUUCAGCAAGAGACAUGCAAUGGAGGAGUGCCGGCAGCAGGUUACUCUAUCUCUGGGAAUGAGAGCCAAGCUGGAGGUUCAGAGGCUUAUUCUGAAGGAGAACCUGGACAAGUUGGGCUCCAAAGAACCUCCCUCUGCUCUGAAGCUGGACCCAGACACCAUCUCAUGUUCUUCAAAUACAAGCAAUGACCACAGCCAAACCAGUUCUAAACUGGCCAUGGACGGGAUCAUAAACAGUCUGAGUGGACUGUUUAAACCCAAAUGGGAAGUGGUUCCGGCCCUCAGCCUGGUGCAGGAGGUGGAUCGUCCUCUGGGGCAGCAGGACUGGUACCACGGAGCCAUUCCCAGACUGGAGGUCCAGCAGCUGCUGGAGAAUGAUGGAGACUUCUUGGUGAGGAAGAGUCAAGAGAAGCAGGGUUACGUGCUCUCUGUGCAAUGGGAUGGAGCCUGCAAGCAUUUCCUCAUUCAGAACACGGAUAAUCUGUACCGUCUGGAUGGAGAAAGCUUCCCCAGUGUCCCACAGCUGAUCCAUCAUCUAAUGUCAUCACGGCAGCACAUCACCAAGAGGUCUAACAUAGUGCUGAAGAAACCUGUCCUGAAGGACAAAUGGGUCCUGGAACAUGAGGAUAUUGUGUUGGGACACCUCAUUGGACGGGGUAACUUUGGAGAGGUGUACAGUGGUCAUUUACGCUCUGAUAACACUCCUGUAGCGGUGAAAUCCUGCAAAGAGAACCUGGCCCCAGAGCACAAGAGGAAGUUCCUGAUGGAAGCCAGGAUCCUGAAGCAAUAUGACCAUCCUAACAUUGUGAAGCUGAUAGGAGUGUGCACUCAGAAGCAGCCCAUCUACAUCAUCAUGGAGCUCAUUCAAGGUGGUGAUUUCCUCUCCUUCUUGCGGCAUGAGAGCCACAGUCUGACGCAUAAGAUGUUGGUCAAAAUGACAGAAAAUGUGGUAUCUGGCAUGGAGUACUUGGAGAGCAAGAAGUGUAUUCACAGGGACCUGGCAGCCAGGAACUGCUUGGUUGCAGAGCACAACGUGGUGAAGAUCAGCGACUUUGGGAUGUCCCGUCAGCAAGAUGACGGUGUCUACUCCACAGAGGGCGGCCUCAGACAGAUCCCUGUCAAAUGGACGGCUCCUGAAGCCCUGAACUAUGGUCGUUAUACCACAGAGAGUGACGUGUGGAGCUUUGGUAUCUUACUGUGGGAGACCUUCUCCAUGGGAAUGACACCCUACACGAGCAUGACCAACCAACAGACACGAGACGAGGUGGAGAAAGGAUACCGUAUGCCUGCUCCACACUGCUGCCCCGUGCAAAUCUCCAGUCUUAUGAACAGCUGCUGGCAAUACGACCCCAGAAACAGACCGUCCUUCAAGAAACUUCGGACUGAGCUCAGUGCCAUAUACAAAACUUUAUAACACAAGUCAGCCUGUGGACUGGACAUGUAUAGUAGCUUAGUUUUUUCUUUCAGCUGUACAGUUGAUAGGUUUGGAAUUUAGUUUUUAAACGAUGUUAAAGUCAAGUCUGAACACUGAAAAAGAUCUCCAAGACACAUGCGCAUUGAAACCAAACAUAUGGCAAAUGACUUCAAAAGGUUUGGACUUUGAAACUUGAUAAUGGAGUUUGGUGGACUUGUGAAACAUCAGUGGACCAGUUGAUGGCAGCACUCUUCCCUCGCUCUGCUUGGCUGCUUUUCAUUCCUCCUCCUGCUGAGAACAGAAGGUUGUCCUCAACACAUCUGGCUCCUUUGAGGCAGCACAGAUUCGUGCUGCUGUGAACAAACUGCACCGUAUGCUGUGACCAUAACUGAUGCAAUGUCACACACACGUGGUCUGUCUCAUAGACACCAGAGAGAUGUGUUAAACGAACACAUCCUCCUGAAGAUUGUAGAGGCUGCCAGCACAGACACUGUGAACAUGUUUGUGUCUGCUGGGGUGUCUGUUGUGUUUGUAGGACCCAGCUGCAGACCUUCCUUUUGAUGAUGUUAGUCAAUGGGAAGCAGUGUUGGGAAUAGCUAACUAGCUAUGUGACGCGUUACUGUAAUUCGGUAACUAGAAAUGUAACUAAUUACCUUUAAGAAUUAAAUGAUUACAGUUGCUGAAAUUUAAAUGGGCCUGUUACUUGUUACUUUUGUUUUAUGUGAUGUAGUCACCUGCAGGGGACAGCAGACAAACCCUGGAUUUUCUGGUUUAUGAUCUAACGUCACCUGACCCUACUGUGCCAUAAGACUGUUCAGGCAAUGUGAGCUGACUUCUCAUCAACUGUAAUGUUUCUAAUAUAAAUCGAAGAACGUUGAUUUCAUUAAAUACAAUUAUUCAUUAACUACUGUGGCAAAGCUCAGUAGACAUGUGCAUCAAGCA